UUAUCAUAAGUAAAUUCUAUUUGCGUUUUUUUUAAUCUUAAUUUUUUCACAUUUUUUGAAUAAUUUUAGGCAAACUUGUAUUUUCACAAAAAUUAAAUUAUUGAUUUUGUCGUAUAUAAAAUGCUAAUUGAUAACGGAGCCAGUGUGCAAGAAAAGAGUCAUCCAACUCUCCUCUCAAAGCACCAGCACCCCACUGCUCAAAAGGCUUCUUCUUUAGUUUUGAGUUUGAGAUCACUAUGGCGGUCCAAAUUCCGAGCCGACAGUUACUGAUCGACGGCGAGUGGAGAGAGCCCCUUCUCAAGAAACGAGUACCUGUCAUCAACCCUGCCACUGAACAGAUCAUCGGUGAUAUUCCAGCAGCUACAGCUGAAGAUGUGGACCUUGCCGUGGCUGCUGCGCGGAGAGCCCUUUCUAGAAACAAAGGCAAGGACUGGGCUUUGGCUUCUGGCGCUGUCCGUGCCAAGUAUUUACGUGCCAUCGCUGCUAAGAUAACAGAGAGAAAAUCUGAAUUAGCAACGCUUGAAGCAAUUGAUUGCGGGAAACCACUUGAUGAAGCAGCAUGGGACAUGGAUGAUGUUGCUGGAUGUUUUGAGUACUAUGCGGACCUUGCUGAAGGUUUAGAUGCAAAGCAAAAGGCUCCUGUCUCCCUUCCAAUGGAUACAUUUAAGAGUUAUGUGCUUAAGGAACCAAUUGGGGUUGUUGGAUUGAUUACUCCAUGGAAUUAUCCACUAUUGAUGGCUGUAUGGAAAGUAGCUCCUGCCUUGGCUGCAGGUUGUGCUGCAAUACUGAAGCCUUCUGAGUUGGCAUCUCUCACCUGUUUGGAGCUGGCUGAAAUCUGUAGGGAUGUUGGUCUUCCUCCUGGUGUCCUGAACAUUCUGACUGGACUGGGCCCUGAGGCUGGUGCUCCUUUGGCAUCUCAUCCCAAUGUUGACAAGAUUGCCUUUACUGGAAGCACUGCAACAGGGAGCAAGGUAAUGGCAGCAGCAGCUCAAAUGGUCAAGCCUGUUUCUUUAGAGCUUGGUGGGAAAAGCCCAAUUGUUGUCUUCGAGGAUGUUGACCUUGACAAGGCUGCUGAAUGGACUGCAUUUGGUUGCUUCUGGACAAAUGGACAGAUCUGCAGUGCAACAUCCCGUCUUAUUGUACAUGAAAGCAUUGCAAAAGAAUUUCUGGACAGGCUUGUGAAAUGGACUGAGAAGAUUAAGAUUUCAGAUCCCUUAGAAGAAGGUUGCAGGCUCGGCCCCGUUGUUAGUGGAGGGCAGUAUGAGAAAGUAUUGAAUUUCAUCUCAACUGCUAAGAGUGAGGGUGCUACCAUUCUGUGUGGUGGAGUUCGUCCUGAGCAUUUAAAGAAGGGGUUUUUUGUUGAACCAACUAUAAUAACUGACGUGACAACUUCCAUGCAAAUCUGGAGGGAAGAAGUUUUUGGACCUGUUCUUUGUGUUAAAACAUUUGGUACCGAAGAGGAAGCCCUUGACUUGGCAAAUGACACCCAUUAUGGCUUGGGUGCCGCUGUGAUAUCAAAUGACCUGGAAAGAUGUGAUCGUGUCAGUAAGGCUCUCCAAGCAGGUAUAGUCUGGAUCAAUUGUUCACAGCCAUGCUUCUGUCAAGCUCCAUGGGGAGGCAACAAGCGCAGUGGUUUCGGGCGUGAACUAGGGGAAUGGGGUCUGGAGAAUUACAUGAGUGUGAAGCAAGUCACACAGUAUGUCUCGGACGAAUCAUGGGGAUGGUAUCGCUCUCCAUCAAAGCUGUCACUGUUGACUCUACUGAAGAAAAAGAGCGAGCAAAAACUGGCAAUUAUUCCGAUUCCAAGCCGACAACUUUUCAUCGACGGCGAGUGGAGAGAGCCUCUACUCAAGAGACGCAUCCCUAUCAUCAAUCCUACUACCGAACAAAUCAUCGGUGAUAUUCCGGCGGCGACUGCUGAAGAUGUGGACGUUGCGGUGGAAGCCGCUCGUAGAGCACUCGCUCGGAACAAAGGGAAAGAUUGGGCCUUGGCUUCCGCUGCUGUCCGUGCAAAGUGUUUGCUUGCCAUUGCUUCCAAGGAGGAUGUUGCUGGAUGCUUUGAGUACUAUGCUGACCUCGCUGAAGGUUUAGAUACCAAGCAAAAGGCGCCGGUCUCUCUUCCUAUGAAGACAUUUAAGACCUAUGUGACCAAGGAACCCAUUGGGGUUGUUGGUUUGAUUAUCCCAUGGUUGUGCAGUCAGGCACUGUGUGGAUCAAUUGUUCACAACCAUGCUUCUUCCAAACAGCAUUCGGAGGCAUCAAAUGGAGUGGCUUUGGGCGUGAACUAGGGGAAUGGGGACUUGAAAAUGACUUGACUGUGAAACAGGUGACACAGUAUGUGUGCGAUGAACCACGGGAGUGGUACCAGUCUCCCAAGCAAUGAAGUUGUCCUUGGAAAUACAAAUACUAGUGUUUGCAAUUGCAGGUCUACCAAUAAUA